GGCGGUGACAGGGGCGGUGACACGGGCCGGGCGCUGGCGUUGGCAGUGCGGAGGGCGAUCGUGCUGCAGCCCCAGCCCGGCCCGGCCCGGUCCGGCCCGGCCGAGCGGGGCCAUGCGGGGCCGGGCCCCGCGGCUCUCCCGGGCCCCGCUCCGCUCCCGGGCCCCGCGGCUCUCCCGGGCCCCGCCGCUCUCCCGGGCCCCGCUCCGCUCCCGGGCCCCGCUCCGCUCCCCGCCGCUGCCGCUGCCGCUGCUGCCGCUGCUGCUGCUCCUGCCAGGCUCGGUGCGGGCCGCGGCCGCAGAAACCUCUCCCCAUUUACCAGCACCAGAAAAUGUGGAGAUUUAUUCCUACAACUUUCAGAGUGUGCUGAGGUGGUCUCCUGUUCCAGUGGAGAAUGGCUCAGUGUUAUACACAGCCCAGUACAAGACAGGAUUCUACGACCAGUGGAGCGGGAUGGGCUGUGCCCACACCCCCCUGACCCAGUGUGGGUUCCCCCCCGAGAUGAGGAGGCGGCGCUGGACGUUCGUGCUGCGCCUCAGGGCCGAGCUGGGGCCGCUGGCCUCGGCCUGGGUGCACACCCCUCCCUUCGUGGCAGACACAAACACCACCCUGGGCCCCCCCAGGGUGAACAGGGUGAGUGCCAGCCCUGACUCUCUGCUCAUCAGCCUCAGCCCCCCCUUCCCCCCUGAGCCCGGGGACCUCCUCCAGUACCUCGUGUCCUACUGGGAGAACAGCACCGGUGCCAUGGGAAAGAACCUAAGUGAAAGCAAGACACUAUUCCAGAUUGGAAAUCUGAAGGAAUCAACACUUUAUUGCUUCAGCGUUCAAGUGCAGCUGAAGAUCUUCUCAGGUCACUUGUUCGGAGAGCGGAGUGCCCCAGAGUGUCACAGGACCACCCUCAGUGAGGCAACCCGAGCUGGAUACAUCAUCCCCCUGUUCAUCUUGGGGUUCAUCUUUGUAAACCUGGUGGUCUUUGGUCUUCUGCUUCUGUGGAAAUACCACGAAAAAAUCAAACAUUGGGCUCAGCCACCUCUGCAAAUCCCGUCACACUUCCGAGAGUUCCUGAGGGACCCUGGCUUGGCUGGCUUGGAGGAGCUGUGCAGCCCUGCUGAGGAGGAGCCCCAGGCUCUGGUGGUCGGAGAAGGAAGGGACCUGGAGGGAGAGGAACCCUCAGCCAGCACCUCCAGGGACAGGGCAGCCACGGAGGGGCCACCCCAGUGAGGUCACCUGCCCCAGGACUGCCCACGGUGCUCCCACGAUGUGGCUGCUGCCAGGACAGUCCUGAACGUGGAGUUUGGGGUCACAGGACAAUCCUGAAUGUGGAGUUUGGGGUCACAGGACAGUCCUGAGCGUGGAGUUUGCGGUCACAGGACAAUCCUGAAUGUGGAGUUUGGGGUCACAGGACAGUCCUGAAUGUGGAGUUUGGGGUCACAGGACAGUCCUGAACAUGGAACUGGGAUCACAGGACAAUCCUAAAUGUGGACCCUGAUGCUCCUGAGGCCUCUGCCCAGCUCCUGCCACUCCCUGCUCUGCCAGAAGCACUGAGAAGAGGGAGCAUGGAAGAGAAAGGAAAGGAAAGGAACACUAAAUUGCCAGAGGUGGAUACAAAUUCCCACCCCAGCCUGGAGGGAUAACUGCACUUUACUGAUGUGGGAUUACCUGGGAUCUUUCGGGGAGUGCAGAGCUGCAGUGGGAAUUCCACUUAUCCUGGAUUUGUUUCUGUUGGCAAUAAUACUCCCAUUAUACCCACCCCAGCCUGCUUUCCUGAGUCAUUUUAAGUGCAGGACAAACUAAAAAGAGAUUUGUGAGUACUUUCCUUGGGAUGAACCUGUGCCAAGAAGAGAGGUCUGCUCCUGCUUCCUCCCACCCUCCUGGAGGCAUUAAUCUGCUCCUGCAGCCAACCCAGGCCCUGCACACCACAAAGGACCUGCAAAGAAUUUUGCUCCAAGUUUUUACAACGUGUUUCAGUCACUGUCAGACACUAAAAGCUCUUGUUGACCAUCAGCAGAAGAGAAGUUGACUGAGCGUUCUGGGUUUAGUGCCUUAAAGCAGAAGAGCCCAAGUUAAACCCCACCCUGUGGGGUCUGGAGUGUCAAUAAAGCACAAAGAACAAGAGAACCUCUUCUGUACUAAAAUGAUGGAGUUGUUGGAUUUUUUUUUCUGGGUUUGAUACCAAUUGUUUAAAAAAGCAGUAAGAAAUGUGUUUUUUUGUUUGAAGUGUCUGGCAGAGCUGGGUGCCUCUGUCUCAGCCUUUCCAGGAACACGCCAGGCCAGCAGCUGCCAAAAGCUGCAUCAGGUUCCUGGUGGAACAGAUCUGAUCCCUGGGGAUUAGACACAGGGAGCUCCAGGGAAGCCUGACUCAUGUGGGAAUUGUCACUUCAGCACCAGAUCUGCUUUCAUCACCUGGAGGCUGGGCUGGGAACAAAGGGGGGAACAGCUCACAAAAAGGGACAGCCAAACUCACCCAAAGGGCAGAAAUGAGGUUAAAACCCCCUGGGAAUAUCUGCAUGUAUUCCUGAACAAACCCUGCACUGGACUCGUGGUGUUAAAUAGUUUUACACAAUUAAAAAGCAUUUACUGU